CUAAAAAAAAAAACAGAGCCCAGAGGAAGAGCAAAGGGAAAUGAGUUCUGGCAGUAGCGGCAGUGUGGAGCAGCUGAAUCAGCAGGAACAACAUUGCUGCAUAUCUCACGAGUUUCUCAGAGCAGCAACCAGAAACCCUACAAAAAUCGCGGCGAUACACGCCGCACCAUCAGUUGAUGGUCAGCGCCAGAUUGCCGGAGAAUUGAUCAACCCUGGAAGCUCAGUCUCCUCCGUCUCCUCUUCUUCUUUUAGUUCGCUGGUGUAUGAAGGAGACAAAUGUUUCACUUAUGGUGACUUGUUGAAGUCCGUUGAUUUCCUUAGCUCUCGCCUCCGCGUUGUUCUCGAUGGUGCUGAUGCAUCCCGCCUUUACAAAACACAAUCCUCAUCAGGUAAGGGUAAUUACGGCGGGCAGAGCACAUGUGAUGUAUCCAAGUCCUCCACAUCAUUUAUAACAAGAGUGGAGCAAGUGGAUGAGUGUAAGAAUGUGUAUAGGCCAAAAAUAUUGGGAAUAUAUAUGCCACCUUCUGUGGAGUACAUAAUCUCUGUUUUUUCAGUUCUGAGGUGUGGAGAGGCUUUCUUGCCUCUUGAUCCUUCAUGGCCAAAAGAUAGAAUAUUAUCUAUUGUUUCUUCUUCAGAUUGUGAUCUUAUUAUUACUUCUGAAUCAUCAUGUGAUAAAGGCAUUUUUAAUGAGCUUAAUAACUUGAAUUGGCUUGUCAAAUGUAGUAGUUGUCCUGUCUUAUGUUUUUCCGUGGAAGAAGCCCUUGAAGAGUGUGUUGGUCCACUACAGAUAACUUGGCCUUGUGAAAAAAGGGAAAAAAGGUUGUUCUGUUAUUUACUGUAUACGUCUGGAUCAACUGGAAAGCCUAAGGGCGUGUGUGGCACAGAACAAGGGCUAUUAAAUCGCUUUCUGUGGAUGCAAGAGUUGUAUCCACUGCAUGAACAGGAAGUCUUAUUGUUCAAAACUUCAAUAAGUUUUAUUGAUCACCUGCAAGAAUUUCUUGGUGCUAUGCUUGGUGCAUGUACACUGGUUAUACCUCCUUUCACUCAGCUGAAAAAAGAUCCAUUUUCUGUUGUCAAUUUUCUACAGGCGUACUGUAUAAAUAGGCUUAUCGCUGUUCCUUCACUGAUGCGAGCAAUCCUUCCUGCUUUGCAAAGUCAUCAAUAUAAAAUGCAGAUCCAGGAUUCGUUGAAGUUGCUAGUGCUAAGUGGUGAAGUAUUUCCUUUAUCCUUGUGGGAUGUGCUUUCCAAUUUACUACCUGGGACCUCCAUUUUGAAUUUAUAUGGGAGUACAGAGGUAUCUGGUGAUUGUACAUAUUUUGAUUGCAAGAGGUUGCCUCAGAUUUUGGAGACAGAGGCACUAACAAGUGUUCCGAUUGGUGUGCCUAUUUCUAACUGUGAUGUAGUACUGGUUGGUGAAACUGAUCCAGCCAAUCAGGGAGAGGUAUGUGUUGGUGGUCUCUGUGUUUGUACCGGUUACUUUUCUGAUUCUGCUAUGUUGUCUUUUGACUCUGUAAAAGUGCAUAAAACCCUCAUUUGCAACUGUUUGGUGGAUGACUGUGGGAGUCAAGUUUAUUACAGAACUGGUGAUUUUGCACAACGGCUUCAAUGUGGUGACUUGGUAUUCUUGGGGCGAACUGAUCGCAGUAUAAAAGUUCAUGGGCAACGUAUAGCCUUAGAAGAGAUUGAAAUUACACUCAGGGAACAUCCUGAUGUUGUUGAUGCUGCUGUGAUUUCUUCUGAAGGUCCAGGGGGGCUUUUGCUCCUUGAGGCUUUUUUGUUGUUAAAAGAUGAGGAGAAAUCUGGUGAUUCAGUACGAUCUUCAAUUAGAAGUUGGAUGGUUGGAAAAGUUCCUUUAGUUAUGAUUCCUAACCGCUUUGUAUUUACAGAAUCAUUGCCUAUCUCUUCCAGUGGAAAAGUUGAUUAUGCCUUGUUGGCAACUUCAGCAUUUUUCAAUGUGAAUGUUAAAGAUAAGAUUUGCAACACUGAGAUCAGUGACCACCUGCAUAUCAUAAAAAAGGCAUUUUGUGAUGCUUUAAUGGUGGAAGAUGUUUCUGAUGAUGAUGAUUUCUUUAUGUUGGGUGGUAGUUCCAUUACUGCAGCACAGGUUUCUUAUAAUCUAGGAAUUGAUAUGAGAUUACUUUAUAACUUUCCUACUCCGUCUAAGCUUCGCAAUGCUCUGCUACAUAAGAGGGCAUCUUACAAAGAUGUCAGAACUGAAAUUAGUUGGAAAUCGAAUCUGAAAGCACAUAGCUGGAAUAUGUCUUAUUCUGUUAAUUCCUCUGUUCCUAAUACUGGCCUUAAAAAACAGAAGAACUUUCAUCAAAAUAAUGAUCACAUUGUUGCAGUAUCCAAGCCCUUUAAGGUUAAUUUGGACAAUCACAUUUCUUCAAAACGUGUUAGUCUCAGAGGCGGAUAUCCUUGGUCUUCUGUGAUACCAAUCUCAUGUUCAUUCAGCCGAUGCAACAAGGUUAUGUAUGAAGAGGAGUGCAGUUUGAGAAAUACCCAUCAAUUAACUUGGUCUGCAGAAGUUCCGAGAAACAGAAAAGGUUCUUCAAUGCAGGACUUGUGGAAGGUUCAGAUGGAGUCUUGUGUAGACGCAUCACCACUAAUUGUAUUUAAAGACCAAGAUGUCUAUUUGUUUAUUGGAUCUCAUUCGCAUAAGUUUACUUGUGUUAACGCCAAAAGCGGUGCUAUCCAGUGGGAGGUCAAACUAGAGGGACGAGUUGAAUGUUCAGCAGCAAUUGUUGCUGACUUUUCUCAGGUUGUAGUCGGAUGCUACAAAGGGAAAAUAUAUUUUCUUGAUUUUUUCAAUGGCAAUAUUUGUUGGACUUUCCAAACAUGUGCUGAGGUGAAGUGCCAACCAGUUGUGGAUAUACACAGAAAAUUAAUCUGGUGUGGCUCUCAUGACCAGUAUCUAUACGCACUUGACUACAGAAAUUGUUGCUGUAUCUAUAAACUCUCAUGUGGUGGAAGUGUAUUUGGGUCACCUGCAAUUGAUGAGAUGCAUGAAACACUUUAUGUGGCUUCUACCAGUGGUCGUGUGACAGCCGUAUCAAUAAAGGUCAUUGGUUCAAACCAAGGAAUCCUCCUUAUACUUGCAAGGGCUUUACCAUUUUAUACCUUAUGGCAGCAUGAGCUACAGGUGCCUGUAUUUGGGUCACUUUCAGUUGAUUCUUCACAUGGAAAUGUUAUUUGUUGUUUAGUGGAUGGGAACAUUGUUGCAUUGGAUUUGCGUGGAUCUAUCAUUUGGCAGCGUAAAACUGGUGGUCCUGUAUUUGCUGGAGCCUGCACAUCUUGUGUGCUUCCUUCUCAGGUGCUGGUAUGUUCAAGAAAUGGAAGUGUGUAUUCAUUCGAAAUGGAAAAGGGAGAUCUACUCUGGGAGUAUAAUGUUGGAGAUCCCAUAACUGCAUCUGCUUAUGUUGAUGAGCACUUACAGCUGGUGUCUGACUCCUUCCUUGUGUCAGACAGGUUGGUUUGUGUAUGUACGAGUUCUGGAAGCAUUCAUUUGCUUCUUAUCAACAGGGAUGUUGCAGGAAAGGCUAAUCAACCAAGUAAAAAUGCAGUUCAUGAACUUGCAAGGUUUGAGCUCCCAGGAGACAUAUUCUCUUCACCAGUGAUGAUUGGAGGCAGGAUUUUUGUUGGUUGCAGGGAUGAUUAUGUGCACUGUAUUGCCCUUGAAAAUCAAAGUUCAGUGGAAGAAUGAAAGUUCUGGUUCCCAUUAUGCAUUCUUAUAAAACUAAAAGCAUGAACAGCUGUAUCCACUUAAAUCUUUUGGAGAUCAGUCGUUACAUAUGGUUUUGAAGCCAGCACAUUUGAUGUGUUUCCCUCUGGACUGCAUGGCUGCUUAAUAUGAUGUCAUAAUCGGCUAGCGAUCCCCUUGGUGUGUCUUCUCAUGUCAGCCAUGACAUCAGUCAAUUGAAUUUCAGUUGUGCCUCGUUUGCAUUAAAGCGUACAUAGGUGGCUCUGUCAAAAAUCAUAAGCUGAUAGAGAGGCUUCUGGAUUUCUUAUGUAGUUCAAUUGAAAAGCUUGCUUGAGGACAGGAAUGAAAGCAACCUCUAAAUUCUCAAGAAAUUCAGAGAAGGGCAUCCAAUUGGUUCGCUGGGCAAAUCUUCCAAGUAUAGAAACACAUGCAACAAUCAUCAGAUCUUACCUGAGAACUAUUUUCCUGGAAGUCAAAUAAUGCUGGAAAUGUCUUGGCUGCAAGUGAAUUUAGUAGAGAUUUGAAAGGAAUACAAUUCAAGUGACGACUCAACUCAAACCAACCCAACUAAUCCAUGGUGCAAGCAGCAAAAAAGAUCGAUUCUGCCGUUGGUUACAAGGUUUGUGGAGCUUUCGGUUUCAACCUGGGUUUAUCUUGUAUAUUACCUCUGUUUUUCAUUUUUGUUGUAGAUGUAUAAUAUUACUAGGACUAUUUAUUGUAUAUAUAAUAGAUUAUCAGUAAUAUAUACAAAAAUAAAAAAAAGGUUUUCUUGAUCUA